AUGGAUAUUUCCACUAGCCACUCGACCCUCACCACUAUUGGCGGAUGGGUGGUCAUUUUGGCGAUCAGCGGAGUUAUUUGGUAUCGGAACCAGCAAAAGAAGACUCAGAGGACCGUUCGCCGCGGCUCCUUCACCAAACAAUCAGGAAGACAAAAUGAUACCGAUCUCGUGACCGAUACUAAGAAGAAGAUUGAAAAGGUUGCGAAGCCCAAACCCAAGCCAAAAGCUCCGACCACCACAUCGAACGAACGCACUACACCCAAUGUCAAUUUCAAUCGAGACGAGGACGAAGCUGCUGGCAAGAAAGCCGACCGUGAAUUUGCUCGUCAGCUAGCCAGCGCCCAUGCAGGAACUAAGUUCAGCACUAAGAAAUCUGACGAUAAGAAGCAGAAGUCUGUCAAGCAGUCCAAAGCUCAAGAGAUCCAAGAUGCAUCAGCUGGGAAGGCAUCUGUCCCUUCCUCACAUGCUGACGAUGCUGAUGACGAUCUAUCGUCCCAAACUUCUCCUGUAGUUGGAGCUGUUGACAGUCGUGAUGUAUCCGAUAUGCUCGAGCCUGUCGCAUCUGGCCCUUCCGUCCUCCGUCUUACAGACACCGAUUCUGUGAAGCCCAAGGAACGAAAGCAAAAAGCACCCGAAGUUGUUGAGACUAAGAAGCAACGCCAGAACCGAAAAAAGGCUGAGGCCGCUAAGGCUGCCCGUGAGGAAGAGGAAAAGGAGCGCAAGGUUAAGCAGGAACAACAGAGACGAACUGCUCGUAUCGCUGAGGGAAGACCCGCUAAGGACGGCUCGAGCUUCACAGCCAGUGCCCAAAAUGCCUGGAAUGAAAAAUCCACCAACAAAAACAGCACGGUCCAACCCCUUGACACUUUCGAGCAACAAGCUAAGGUUGAACCCACAAAGCCGAGCACUGUGAGCGCUGUCGGAACCACUAAGAAGUCCGACCCCUGGUUGUCCAGCAUGCCUUCGGAGGAAGAGCAGAUGGAGCUACUCCGUCAAGAGGAUUCGUGGAGCGAGGUUAAGACCAAAAAGAAGGGAAAGAAGAAGGAUGUCUCCGCUGAUGUGUCGGCUGCCUCUGCUCCGGCUACCAACGGUCGGAGCGCCACAAGCACCCCCACUGUUAAGGCCCCGGCUCCGGUCAAUGGCACCAAGAAGCCGAUCCUGACCAGCAGCAACUCUUCUUUUGCUGCCCUGACUCCCGAGGAGACAGAUGAUAAUGAUGAAGAAAAAGAAUGGGACGUAUGA